AUGGGGCUGCGGGCCGAGAUCCGUGCGCUGCAGCUCAGGGCCGCCGACGUCGAGGCGUGUGCACGGCAUGCCUCUGGCAUCAGCGGGUGUAGGCUCACGCAGCAGGCUGGUCAUGGUCUUAGCAGCAUCAAGGAGUCAUAUGGAGAAGAAGUGGAUCAUGACGUUUCAGAAGAUGCCCUCGGAGCAAGAGUCAUAGAGGGCCGCAAGGUUCCAAAUGAGGAGGCACAGGGAGCAGAUGUGGCAGCGAGUCAUCAUAGACGUUGGCAAGGGGAACAGCCUGCAAGAGCCACCAAGAAGGCUUGCAGGCAGAAAGGGCCAUCCUUCUACAAACUGGUUUUCGACACCCUCAAGGAGAAACAGGAGCUUCUCCUAAAAAAGGAGAAUGAGAAGGCUGCCAGGGAAGCUGCUGCCACUGCAUCCAAGCAGCUGGAAUGCAGGUGCUGGUGGUCGGAUUCUAAUGACGGACUGAAUGAUUCUUAG